UACACAGCGGUCGGAAGAAGGAACAUUCAGCUGUAAGCGCUGCGGCUCGAAGCACAAACCACGACAGGGUCCGGCAUUUGUGUUAAUGGUUGAUCUCUCAGACUGGAGAAGAUGAGUGAUUUGAAAGAGGAGGAAGAGGACAAAUCUUCAGUCUCCAGCUGUCAGUCUCUGAAGAGUGACCGGUCCAUGAGUCCACUUCCAGACUUCAGUAAUGAACCUGGACCCUCAGACAGGAAACGGAGAGCAGAUUCUCCAGUCCCCAGUGACUGGUCUAUGGAUAAACCUCCAGACUUCAGUAAGGAACCUGGACCCUCAGACAGGAAACUGGAGCGCUGCAGUUUGUCAGAGAUCAGCUGUGCUGCUCUGAUCUCAGCUCUGAAGUCCAACCCCUCCCAUCUGACAGAUCUGGACCUGAGUUACAACAAACUGCAGGAUUCAGGAGUGAAGCUGCUGAGUGAUCUUCUGGAGAGUCCAGACUGCAGACUGGAGACUCUCAGACUGAGUGGCUGCAGGUUGUCAGAGAACAACUGUGCUGCUCUGAUCUCAGCUCUGAAGUCCAACCCCUCCCAUCUGAGAGUUCUGGACCUGAGUUACAACGAUCUGAAGGAUUCAGGAGUGAAGCUGCUGAGUGAUUUUCUGGAGAGUCCAGACUGCAGACUGGAGACUCUCAGACUGAGGUGCUGCAGUUUGUCAAAGAUCAGCUGUGCUGCUCUGAUCUCAGCUCUGAAGUCCAACCCCUCCCAUCUGAGAGAUCUGGACCUGAGUCACAACAAACUGAAGGAUUCAGUAGUGAAGCUGCUGAGUGAUCUUCUGGAGAGUCCAGACUGCAGACUGGAGAAUCUCGGACUGAGGUGCUGCAGUCUGUCAGAGAUCAGCUGUGCUGCUCUGAUCUCAGCUCUGAAGUCCAACCCCUCCCAUCUGAGAGAUCUGGACCUGAGUUUCAACAUCAACCUGAAGGAUUCAGGAGUGAAGCUGCUGAGAGAUCUUCUGCAGAGUCCAGACUGCAGACUGAAGACUCUCAGACUGAGGUGCUGCAGUCUGUCAGAGAUCAGCUGGGCUGCUCUGGCAUCAGCUCUGAAGUCCAACCCCUCCCAUCUGAGAGAUCUGGACCUGAGUUACAACGAUCUGAAGGAUUCAGGACUCUGA